AUGGGUGAUGGCAGUAGAUGUGCUUUUGAAUUGGUUGUUGAAGAUAAAUGUGAUUUGAUUAUCACACUUGGUGGUGAUGGUUCUACACAAAAUACUCUCAACGGUUUAGUGAGAGGUUGUUUGUAUUUGGAUCCUCAAGCUUUGGCAAAGGGUGCACCACUCCCAGUUGGUUUGGCAGUUAUUCCAACAGGAUCUGGUAAUGAUUUGCAAAAGACAAUCGGAGGUGAACCAGUUGACGUUUAUUCAGAAGCAUUCUUUGAAAGAACUGUCAAAACUAUUGCAGAAUCAGGCAAAGUUGUUUAUGCAGAUAUUGGUAAAGUUGAAUAUACCAAAGAUAAUACUGGUAUUAUUUUGCCAGCAUUGAAUGACGAACAUAUUCCAAAACAAUAUUUGAGCAAUGACAGUUCUAAGAAACUUGCUUAUCAAUUUGAUAGUGAAAAUACUGGUGUUAGAUUCUUUAUGAAUGAAAGUAGCUUUGGUAUCAGUACUUCAGUUUUGAAUGCUGUCAACAAUAGUACCAUCAGCAAGGAGAUCAAUUAUAAUGUUCAAACUUUGUGGAAACAACUUACCUUUGUUAAUCCAUCGAUUGACGUUGAAGUUGAUGGAGAGACUGUUUAUAGUGGCAUUUCUCAAUUGGUUUGUGUUGGUAACGGCAAGGCCUUUGGUAAUGGCAUGUAUCCAAAUCCUAAUGCAACAAUUACAAGUGAAAACUUGUCCGUCUGUAUUUUACAUAACAUUAGAUUGUGGAAUGUAUUUUCAGUUGUCUAUUCUUUGAAGGCCGGAACAAUUGGUUCAUAUGCAUUGGCAUCUCUUCUUGAAGGAAAGAAAUCUUUGAAAGCAAAGAGAAGUGAAUCCGAAACUCAAGAUGUUUAUUUGGAAUGUGAUGGUGAAGUUGUUGGUAAAUUGCCAGCUCAAUAUGAUGUUGUUCCAGCAAUUAUUAAAAUGAUUGUUCCAGAAAGCUCACCAGAAUAUGAACUCCAUAGCAAGAAGAAUCUCUAA